AGCAUCAACACGCAUGCGAUAGCUAGACUCAAUCCUCUUAUAUUGACCCUAACGCAUUUUACUUCUUUUCUACCUUUGUAUUCUCUGUCGCCUCUUUGCCCUUCUCUCGAUUCAGACCUGUCCUUAGCUCUGCAGCCGUGCUUAGAGGGAUUGUUUACACUUUCUCCUUGGCGGCAUGGCUGCCACUGGCGGCGCGUCCUCGAUCUCCGUGACAGUUAGAGUGCGGCCAUUUACCAUACGCGAAGCUGCCCAGCUUACCAAAUGCGAUGAUGGACCAUUGUUCCUCGGCGAAGGCUCCCUGGCUGGUAUAUCCACGCCAAAGCUCCAGCAAAAGGGGAUCCGAUCCGUGAUCAAGGUGGUGGAUGAUAAGUGCUUGGUCUUUGAUCCUCCAGAAGACAACCCGGUGCAUAGAUUCUCCAAAAGUGUCGUUCCCAAUGGCAAGCGCGUCAAGGAUCAAACGUUUAUGUUCGACAGGGUGUUUGACGAAAACACAACGCAGGGGGAGGUAUACGAAGCGACGACCCGCAAUCUCCUCGAUAGUGUCCUUGAUGGGUACAAUGCCACGGUGUUCGCAUACGGAGCCACCGGAUGUGGAAAGACUCACACGAUCACCGGAACUACUCAACAACCCGGCAUUAUAUUUUUAACCAUGCAGGAGUUAUUCGAACGCAUUGCUGAACGAUCAGGCGAAAAAGUAACAGAACUGUCCCUAUCAUACCUUGAAAUCUACAACGAAACCAUCCGAGACCUGCUUGUCCCAGCAACAACAAAAGGAGGCCUAAUGCUCCGAGAAGACGCCAAUCAGUCAGUCUCUGUGGCUGGGUUGUCCAGUCAUUAUCCACAGAACGUCCAGGAAGUGAUGGACAUUAUUAUGAGAGGCAACGAGUGCCGAACCAUGUCUCCAACGGAUGCGAAUGCAACAUCCUCACGAUCUCACGCUGUCCUGCAAAUCAAUGUUGCUCAAAAGGACCGCAACGCCAGUAUUAACGAACCACACACCAUGGCAACUCUUAGUAUCAUCGACCUCGCUGGAAGUGAACGCGCAAGCGCUACCAAGAACCGAGGAGAGCGGCUUAUUGAGGGAGCAAACAUCAACAAGUCUUUGCUGGCUUUGGGCAGCUGCAUUAAUGCUCUCUGUGAUCCACGGAAACGGAACCACGUCCCUUAUCGUAAUUCAAAACUCACGCGAUUGCUCAAAUUCUCUCUUGGAGGCAAUUGCAAGACUGUCAUGAUCGUUUGCGUUAGUCCGUCCAGCCAGCACUUCGAUGAGACCCAGAACACUCUUCGAUAUGCGAAUCGAGCCAAGAACAUUCAGACCAAGGUCACCAGGAAUGUGUACAAUGUCAAUCGUCACGUGAAGGACUUCCUUGUGAAGAUUGAUGAACAGAUGGCUCUAAUUAAUGAGCUGAAACAGCAGCAGAAAGAUUACGAAAACCUUGCGUUUGCAAAAUUUAAAAAGCAAGCGGAGAAGAAAGAUGGGAUUGUCCAGGAAGGAAUCUCCCGGCUUCGCAGUGCAUACGAACAUGCGGCUCCUGAGAGGGAGGAGAAAGUUAAUAACAAAUUGCGUCUGAGACAAGUCAGUCGCCGUAUCACAUUGCUUUCCUCUUGGAUAGCUGCCUUUGAUGGUGUUUGUGACAGCAGAGGCUGUAAGGGUGGGCUGGGCAACCUCCAGGCGAUUCGCAAAACUGCCCAGGGCAUCCUCCUGGAGUUAGAGGGUAGCCGUCAACAUUAUCAUCAACGAUUGGCUAAGUGCAAUUGGGAGCGAGGUUUAAACUCGGCCCUGGAAAACGGCAUUAAGCAGCUCAGAGAGGUUGACGCGAGUGAUCAUAUGGAUGUGGAGAACCUUAAACGAGAGGCUGAGCUUCUGAAAGCGCAGGCGGAAAGAGAUGCAUUAAGUGCAGUCUCGGAACAAGACAAGACAGGAGACAUGGAAACGGUGCAAAUGCUCUUGCAGGCGAAUUUCGAGACGAUUGCCGCUAUUGAAGAUAUCACCCAGCUUAGUGAAAACGAAGCCAUUGAAAUUGGCAAACAUAUUCUCGGAAAGCUUCUUCAAACCUGCACUACUACCACAUCGCAGGUCGUCAAACCUGACGGAAGUCCGAUUCGCCUUGCACCCGUUUCAACGCCCAAGCUUGGCAGUCCGAAGAAACGAAAGAAGUUCAGCUUAGGGGGUACAGCCGCACUACCCAGACCGGUUCGUCUCUCCUUGGUAUCAGGUACAUCUCAGUCACCUGCCAAGAAUUCUCCGAGAAGACGGAAAGCAGCUGCGCCGAAGAAGGCGGUGGCGUUUACUCCGAAAAAGGCACCAAAGCCUUCAAAGAGAUCUGUCAGAUGGAAAGACGACGUUGAAGAUGGAGCAUUAGCUGAAUUCGAGAAAACUCCGCGGAAACACCAGGCAUCACCGGAAGCUCCAUCAUCAUGUGAACCCACCCUACCACCAGCUCCCACCAUGGCGUCGUCUAUUCCACUACCGACUUCUGGGGGCUCCAGGGAAUCCUCACCGGCUCCGGCUCCACCAGAAUUGAACGCAAUCCAUAUGAAGAAUAGCAGCAGAUUCAAGACUGGCUUCUUAUCCAAGAGACCGAGCGGAUCUCCAACGCCAGUACCCCCCACUCUAACAAAACUUCCAUCCUCUGAUAGUGAGAGCUCACCUCUUCGACAGAUCGAAAAUAGCAACUUUCUCAACCGGCAGUCCCUUGAUCGAUCCAGCGGGCACUCCUCCGAAAAUGAGGAGAAUUGGAAAAUAGACAAGCUUGAGGCGAUGCAGAUCACCACGGCCAUGAGACGCAUCUCCGGAAGCUACGCGGGAAACCUCAGGUCCGGUACAGCCAUCACUCGAAUUCGCCGUCGCAGCCAGAGUCCCACUAGUGCAUCGUCCAGCCCUAUCAACAGCGAAAAUACGAUGUUCACAGCAUCCCAAGCGAGGCGCAUGGUGAAAAGCGAAAAGGACCAUGAUCUCAGAGUUAACGUACUGAGUCCUCGAACGCUCCCCGUAAUGAAGAAUCCCGGGCAGCGAAGAGUCACAUCCGCCGAGAUCAAGCCCCGUGAAGCUGCAAUUGCGGGCCGAGAAAACGUUCGAUUCAGCGCAACGGCCAUUUCUUCUGGCGGAAGUUUGCGAGCGAGCCCUCGAGGAUCUGCAAGCGGGACGUAUCGGUAA